AUGCCGCACAUUCUGCUCAGUGGUGCCUUGCGGACCGGAGGCCCCACGAUCCAAGCAUGGCGGGAGAGGUGUCGAACCUGGCAAGCAGAGGUUCCGGAGACAGAUGCUCCAACUGCGUGGAAGGUGAGCUUCAGAGCCUUGCGCAAGGAGGAGACAGCAGCAAGCAGUUGUCAUCAGGACGACAAGGAGGACAUAGAGACUUGCCGAGUGGUGGCACGCUGCCUUUCGUCUUCAUGGUCGCUGCCUGACAUCGACCCCGAGGAACCCCGCAGCGGGUGCAAGAGAGAUGGACCGUUCAAGCGCAUGUUGAACAGCAACAUGGCCUAUUCUAUCGUUGGUGAAGAAAGAAAAAGUGGCGAGCACCGUGACUUCCAGUCGCAAGCCGAUCUCCACUUCGCAGACUCCCGUGUUGUCAAGAACGGCUCUGAGGUUCCACCACACAUCUUGGGCCUUGCAAUGGCUGUCAAUCAGAGGGUCGAUCCGAGUUCCACAUCGUCUCUUCGAUUCCUGAAGGCCGUUUGUUCGCAGCUGGACGUGCAACUCUUCAAUGCCUCUCUGGACUCCUUCCAGCCGCAGGCUCUUCUGCAUCCCUUUACCUUCAAUGCAUGCUGCAUGAUGAACAUGCUGCGAACGGAACUCUUGCCGGAACAAUGCUCCAAGCCCUUCGACGACAUGAUCAAUGCCGUCGCCAGCAUCAACAAGCUGUCAGACGCAGUGGAGGCAAUUCCAGCCGACGCCCUCAAAGCCAAAUUUGGCAAGGAGCAAAGUCAGGCAGCAGCUGCUCUCUUGAAGAAGCGUGAAGAACUUCACCAAUUGGUGUUGGAAGUGCCACCCAGCAGGCGACACACAGCCAAGACGCCUCGGUCAGAGACACUGACGCAGAUGGACACGCCAGAAGUGUACGAAAUGAAAAAGGCGAUGGAAAUGCUGGAGCCAGCCAGCAAGGUACCGGCCGUGACGUCUCUUCCUUUCGAGAAUCCCUAUUCGAUGCUUCUGAAGCUUUCGCUGGCGGAGAUCGUCCAGGGGCAAAAGCCGGAGCUCCUAGAGGCUCUGAUGUGCAUCUCGAAAGCUCUUGCGAUCGGCCCGGCUUGCCAGGAACUCUGGUGGAGUGCUGGCCAGGUCUGUUUGCAGCUCUUCCUGCUGCAGGACGACGCGGACAGCCUUGUCGAACCCUGGAGUCAAAAGCUACAGGUUCUGGCUGGAAGCUCGGAUAUGAAGUGGUCACCGUGCUGGCGCUUUCUGUAUGGUCAAGCGCGAAUGUUGAAUCAAUUGUGGCAGUGCAGGCUCACCUGGGAUCUGAAUUCCGGACUGCAGAAAACACUGAAGGCUGGACACCGACAGAUCCCUGGAGAGCUUUCUCAUUUGGCGCUGCAGUGGUUCGAAAGGCAGCUUGAGAUGCUGGUGCUUCUAAGAUGCCGGAGGCGCUACUUCGCCCGCAACAACGAGAGCAAGCUUGUGUCGCACCUGAAUCGCUGCAAGCGCACGGCGCAGACCCUUCUUUGGUUCCUCAUCAAGUGUACGGACAUGAGUGGCGAGUUUCAUUACACCGCGGAUGUGAUGGCGACGGUGAAGGACUGGGAAAGACCAGUCUUUGCAGAAACCUGGUGCAAGCUGGCGAACGGCGGCAGCCAGCCGCUGCUUUGCUUCAGAGGGAUGGACGGACGAGAUCGAGUCCCUGCAACCUACCUUUGGUAUGUGCCAUACAUCCUGGGCCGAAUCGAGUGGAAGCUUUCGAAGCUUUGUCCCGCUUCGCCAGAGAGGCUGCAGCGGAAGAGCAUCAUUUGCCUCCUGAUGGAUGCUUGCCAUGUGGAGCUCGCAGUGCGCGCUUCUCUGACAGAGAGGAGGAGAGACGAGAUCAUGGAGACGGAGCCAAGCUUCAGGCUACAUGCAGUUCGCCUGGCAAUCCUGUUUGGGUCUCCAGACGGCUAUGAGAGUGCCGGAACGAUCUGUUUCGACACCAACUGUCUUGAGCUGUCACGGCAAAAUGUCAUCGUUGACGCGCUCAAGGGGAUGCAAGCCGUCGUGCAAGAGAACAAGUGCCACAUGGGCAAAUACCUCUCCUGCGAGGCGAGGGCUUUGCUGGACAGUGGCGAGUUGAACAGGGCAGCCGAUUGCGUGAUCAAGAUUGUCGAUGAAGCGAUGCGAGCCCGCAAGUUCCGAGUGCCCUCCUUCGGUGCUUGCCUCAAUCCUCACGUCAUGCUCUGUCAGCGUGCCCGCAAGGCAGAGAGGCAGCAGUGGGCGGCGAUGCAGACGUGCCUGGACGUCCAGCAAGCCCUCUUGCAGGCCAUCUUGGGAGUUAAGGCCUUUGCUGCUCUGCAGGAAAAGCCCGAUGACCUGCGGGGGUUUGAAAGCUGCAGUGGUGUGCACCCCGGUCAUCGAACCAAGGUGGUUAAUGCGCUGAAAUCACUGGACCAAAACCGGCCCGAAUCCUGGCAGGCACUGUUCCAGGUGAAGCACGCCCUGCUUCGCAUGGUGUUUGCAUGCAUAGACACGGAGUCCAACACCAGCUUCGAGCUUGCCCAGACCGUGUACUUGCUCAGAGCUAUCAGGCGCAGCUUCAAUGCCUUGGUGAAAGCCAACUCUCCCGGAGGUCGAUCGAACGCGCCUUCUAGGCCUUACUUGGAUUGGCGACUGUUCAGCCUUCUCCGCCACCUUUGUCUCAGGUGUAGCGGGAUGCGUCGCUUCCUCGACGAUCCGAAGCUGUGCCAGGAGGUCGAGCUCCUGCAAGCCAGCUUGAAAGCAGCUGCCUGGCGGCUCUUCUGCUUCGGGCUGGGAACUGGCGAACCUGCACGAUCGAGCACUUCCGACGAGGACUUCUUCGAAUCACUGCAGGGCCAGAUGCCGCAGACUAAAGAGCUUAAGGACUUGAUCGGUGUUGCCAUUGAUGGUGGGGAGCUUGAUGCGUAA